CGUAGUUUGAAUUGGAUGUUUUGGAAAUAAGGCGAUCGCAGUAACAUUUGGGAUUAGUGUACGUUAGAUGUGUCACCGCGGGGACUGUGUGAGCCACGAGCAGGUCUGUCUGUUUUGAUCUCCGGUGUACUUGCGUGAGUUUAGCUGUACUGGAAGGAUGGCGUUGAAACAGAAGGAUCAAGAACGCAUUCUGCAGCUUGAGGAUGAAGUUGCCGCUCUAAGUGAAGAGCUGUCCCAAUGCCAGGCAGACAAGGAGUUUGUGUGGUCAUUGUGGAAGCGUCUUCAAGUGGCAAAUCCAGACCUGACGCAAGCAAUUUCCUUAGUUGUGGAUAGGGAGAAAAAUAAAGCCGAGGCUAAAGACAGAAAAGUGCUUGAGAUCCUUCAAGUGAAAGACCGCAAAAUACACGAACUAGAACAGAGAACAUCAGGACAGCAGCAGGAGAUAAACAACCUUGUGCAAAGAAAGAUAGCUGUCGAUGAAGAAAAUACGCUUCUCAAGAAGGAGUUGAAUGACCUCCAAGAAAUAUUAAAAGAUAAAAGUCAGGAACUUAAGAGCUUUAAAGAGAAUGCGAAAAAGAACGAGGAGCAGGGAGAAGUCAUUUUAAGAAAUAUCGAGCGGGAAAAGGAGGAUUUGAGCAAAAGAUUUGAUGAACUGCUGAAUGACCUGGAUAGGACAAGGAAACAGGAAGUACAGUGGAGAGGAGAAAAAUCUGCCGUUGAUGCCAAAAUAAAGGAUCUGGAAGUUAAUUUACAAGGGGCAAGAUGGCAGAUGGAGGAUAUGCACAACAAAAUCAAUUCGCUGUCGUCACAAGUUGCCAUAAAACAGACAGAACUCACACAGAGAGAGGUAGAAUCGACAAGGCUUCGGAAGGAGUUGCAGGAAUUGCAGAAUCUGUACAAGCAAAGCAAUGAACAUGCAGCACAGCAGGCUGAGCUCAUCCAACAGCUCCAAGCGCUCAAUGUGGAUACCCAGAAAGUGCUGAGAAGUCAGGAAGAUGCCCACACCUCCGAAACAAUCUCGUACCAGAAACUUUACAAUGACUUGAAUGCAUGUUACGACGCAUUGAAGUCCAACGAGACUCAGCUCCGGCAAAAUAAUAUAGCUCUCAAAGAACAGCUACAUCAGAAGGAAGAACAGAUUAGCCAACUGCAAGGGAAGCUGCGAGAGGCCCUCAGCACAUUACCCAGGCCACCUCAAGAACCUCAGGACGUGGCACAUCCAUCCCUAGCGGAGCUGGAACUUAUAAUAGCUUCCCAGAAAUCAGAAAUAAAAUUUCUGCAGGACAGACUUAAAACAGCGGAUCUUCAGUUAAUUCAAGUGGAUAAUUGUAGAAGUGAUGCACUUGAGAACAGCAUCCUGAGGGCUGGGAGAAAGGUGCAACCUGGGAAACGUUCAAGGUCUCUGUCCCCAAAGGCUAUUUCCAGAGAGUCGGAAGAGUUAAAGAAGCUUAAGAUAGCAGAAAAGAGGAUUGAACACUUAGAGCAGACGCUGCGGAUUAAGGACCAAGAAAAUGAAGAGUUGCGAAAAGCACACGAGAAGCGCAGGGAGAGGCUACUUGCUUUGCAGUCUAGUUACAGAGCAGCCAAACAGCAAAUCGAGCAAUGCGACAGGGGAUGCGCCAGAGACAAAGAUCGCUAUAGGAAGGCACAGCGUGCAGAUCCUUCACAACUUCGCCACGAAGACUCCGACGCUGUUUGGAAUGAACUUGCUUACUAUAGAAGAGAACAUAAGAAGUUACAGUUUGAAAUAAUCAACUUGGAAGAGGAACUAGACCAGCUAAAAGUACAGGCUUCGUCAGACAAGGCAACCAUACAAGAGCUAAGCACAUGUCUCAAGCAAGAGAGAGAAGAACUGCUUUUCAGACUUAACAGAGACGAAGGUGUCAGAAAUAGUACCCCAAAGAAAAAUACGGAUGAGACUUUGCAGCGGACAUUGAAGAAGGUAUGCUAUUUGGACAGGAAGCUGGCUGAACUAGAGAUAGAAUCAAGGAAAUUGGAAGUAGCAAAUGAAGAGUUAACCAAAGAGAAAAAUUCCCUGAAAGCAUCCUGCAGACACCUUCGAAAAGAUGCAGAAGCAAGAGACAAGAAGACAGAGGAAUUAAUUGCUAAAAAUCUAGAGUCAAAUCAAGUUAGAGAGGCAUUAGAGGUGAAGAACGACGAGCUAAACAGAGAAGUGGCAUCUCUGAAGAGACAGUUGGCGGGAAGUAGAAAGCUGAGAAAUGAAAAAAGGGAUCUGUUGAAACAAGUGCAGAGCCUGAAGUGUGCGCUGGAGCAGGCCGAAGCAGCGAAUUCUCUAACUUCUAGGCAACGGAACAGCAAGCAAGGCAUUAACAAGGAAGCAGGAACCAAGGUUAAACAUAGAGCAGCCAAGAAAAUCUCCCUGAGACGUCACCAAGCUUUCCUUAAUCAAUCCAUCAAGGCUAUGAGCACCGUGUUUGAGAACUUCAGCAAAGACGGCUGGGAGGAUGUGAGUGAAGACAGUGACUCUGAACCAGAAACUUCAGAGAGUUUGGAACAUGUGAAUGUAACUUCUACUGAGACAGCACAGUCGUCUUCAGAUGAAUGUAAUACAGUGGACGAAAGCACCGGUGAUGACUUUACUGACAAGGGUUGGAGGAAAACUGUCCCUAGAGAGAUUCACCAUGUCAAAGCAAAUCUCAAAGGUGCAAAGAAAAUAUGUACUAAAAAAUGUCACCUGGUAUCCACGUACCACCCGUCUUCAGUAAAAGUACGAAGAGACGGGAGAAGCCAUGUUGUCCCUUUCAAACCCUCCCUGGCAUCGUUGCGACAAAGAGUGGUGUCUCUGCAACAUCAAGUGUCUGUAUUGCAAAAGGGAAAGCAGGCCGCUACUGCUGCUGUCAAACAGUUUAAAGAAGAGAAGAUAAAGCUAGCAGCUGAACUACAUCUGGCGCACCAAAGACUUCAGAUCAGCAAGCAGAUGGCAAAGAAACUGUCUACAGACCUCACUGAAUUUCAGCGGGAAAAGGAAUCUUUGGAAAGAACUGCAGAGCAGAUGAAGGAACAGCUGGCCCUAGCCAAAAGAUCCUUGGAAUUGCUGAGCCCUGUGACCUCGGACCAGUCUCCAGACACGCCAUUAACUCCAUCAAAGAGUACAGAGAUAGAGAUGAAGCAGCUCCAGAAUAAGCUAAAGAAUAUGACUAUGGAAAUGGCAAAACAGUCUUCAACGAUGAAAUCUAUGAAAAAUGAAGUCCAGGAAAAGGAAGAACGAAUUCGGGAAUUGCAGGAGAGGGUUGUGCGGAUGGAAAGGGAUGUCAACAUGAAAAGGCAUUUGAUAGAGGAUCUGAAAACACGUCUGAAAACCCACCAAGAAAACGAGAAGCCUGGCAAAGAAAUGUUAGAAAGCCUUGAAAGAAAGGUGAAGGCAUUGACAGAUGAAUGUUCUCAGAAGAAAGUAUCAACUGAUUCAUUAAAGCAAAGGCUUGCCAUAGCUACAAAAGAAAAGGCUCGAUACGAACAGAUGUACCACAAAGCUACGGAUGAUCUGGAGAAAAAGAAUGUAAAAAUCGGUGGUCUAGAAGUUAAAGUGAGAGAACUGGAGCGCUCCUUCUCUGAAAUGGAAAGUGCCGCCACUCAACAGCUCCACAGUUUGGCUGGGCAAAGCAAGCAAUCCAUGGAAGCGGUGCAGAGUAAACUACUUCUCGUAAACAGAAGAGCGGAUGAGCUGACCACUUUUGUAAAGAACUUGGCGAAGGAGCUGCAGUUAAAUACAUGCGACAUAAGAACUAAAAUCCGGCAAGCCAAGAUGCUGCAAGAAUCCGCCGCUGGCCCAUCCAAAGAGUCCGUUCACCGAGCCCAGUUAGUGGCAGCAUCAAUUCUCAACAUCUCAACAGCCGACCUCGAUGAAAUCCUAGAUGUGCAGAGCGAAGAGGAACUAGCAAACAUGAGGCGGUUAGUAGAAUGUGAUAAAGAAUGGAUGAACCACGUAUUGAAGCUUCUUGAAGGACAGCCUCCCUUUGCUCCUUGCUUAAUGGAAGCUAUUCUCAGAAAGCUCAAUGAGAAGAGAAAACUUCUGGAAGAUUAUACUUUGCUGAAGAAAGACACCAGGUGAUUUGUGGGUGGCAUCGCCUGGCUUGGAAUGCAUUGCAGGAAAAUCACAUUUUCAAAAUAUUACAAGACCAAUAACAAUGUUACUUGAUACAGUUAUGGUUCUUUUGUUGUAUUUUUAUACUGUUUGUUGCACGCACAUAGGUUGUGUCUUUAAUAAUAUUAAACAUUUAUACAGUAGUACACUAAGGCCUGGGUAGAUUCCAGCUGGAACUAGAACUCC